AUGGCUCCUGUGGCUGACCAGCUCAGCUUCCCGCACGGUGUACCUGAACCGACUGGACAGCGAGGGUGCCAGCAGACCAACGCCAUGAAGCUGGUUUUUGUCCCCGUGUCCGAACCUGAGGAAGGUCACGGCCACCCCGACUUCGACCUCUCGUCGCACUCUAAGGCAAGUCUCACUAUGGAGCUGGCGCUCUAUCUCAAAGCGACGGGUCCGAGCCCCGUCAGGGGCUUGGAGCCGGAGCAUUGA